AUGAAGGGUUGUGGCGGCGGUGCCACACCACAAGCUUUGGCGUUGCCUUCCACUCCAGUUGCUGUGGGGGUGAGUCCUGGGUCAGGUUUGUUGCUUGGUUCCAGCAAAGGUUUGGCAGUGGCUGACCGUGACCUGUUGCGCCGCGCCCUGGAGGCAAAGUUUGCAGAUUGUGUGGUGGACUUGGAAUCGCUUCCUUCCAUGCCCUUUCUUAACAUUGUGAAGACGCAGCGUGGCAACAAGGCUUGGGAUUGGUUGCCAUGGAAGAAGGUGUUGAGCGAAAAGGUGGCUCCUGCGCUUAAAAAGGUUGGAGCAUCGAUGAUGCUUUGCAUUCAAGAGCUGAUGACAGGGACAUGCUUAGGUCCAUCAAAGCGCUUACGCAAUGGAGAGUGUUUCAAGUGGAUGCGCCGGUGCAAAUGGUCCAAGUACCGAGCGGUUCCCUACAUGGCCUGGCUUCCCGUGCAAGGUAGAGGUGCCGCCAUGUCAGCCACUAACUUUGGAUCUGUGGCGUGCGCUUUUGCUGUUCUGCGACGACAUCGAUGUGAAUUGCUUGGCAUUUUACGUGAGGGCGCGCCCACAGGCAUUUUGGCAGAUGUUCUGCCUUCAGAGGCGCAUGAAGGCGUCGAACUUGGGAUUUUAGAGGAGACCUGUGGCUCGGCGUUGGAAGAUCCAGACUGCUUAAUGCGACUGCAGCAAGCAGAUGUUGAGGCCGGGUUUGCUGACUGGAUUCCUGGGGGUGUGGAGGAGGCCUGGCGCCUCUUUGGGGCCAAUUGUGCGGACGGCAAGCUGGGCUUAGUCAAGAAAGAAAACUCGGAACCAGGGUUGGUGGGGGACAGCAGCAUCAGUUGCGCCAAUGAGCUGUUUCGCAUCCGGGAGAAGAUUGAGCUCCCAAGUCUGUUUGAUAUUGAGGAACUUGUGGCGCGGCUGGUUGGCAUACUGGUGGUCAAGAGCGGGCGCAGCUUAUGUGAGAAGCGUGCACCGGCUCCUUCAUGGGGCCAUUUUCUCAAACGCAUGAUUGCCCGUGCGGAUCAGCUUUCAGCAGAGGAAGUCCAUUUGAAGUCAUCCAUGACUAAGCGUUGCAAGCAGGUUUUGAAACACAAGAAUCUGGCGUUUUUCAAGGAGCUCAUGGAGGAAGCGGGUUCAACAGAUGUGCACCUGGCAAAUGACAUGGCGGAAGGGUUUGAUUUGACAGGGAAACUCCCGGCAUCUCCCAAGUACUUCGAGCAGAAAUUCAAACCAGCAAACCUGCCAACGGAAGCCCUCAGAGGCGUGGCUGACAAAGUUCGUUCCGUUUUGCUGGCCAACGUGAAAAGCUGUGGAGACGACAGCAUUGACAGAGGAGUUCUGCUGGCGACCCUCAAGGAGAAGGAGAAAACUUCUAGCAAACUGCCUACAGGGGCAGUGCUCCCCUUGAGCUCCAUCGCCUUUGUCACGGCCUUCUUGCGAUGUGCGCUGGGAAUCUGGCACGUUGGGUGCGCGUUGCUCAAGUUGACUUGGACGUCGUACUUCGACGAUUUUCGCAGAAUUGCUUGUGGGAGGCAACACCCAUGUGAGACGCGGUCCAGUGAAGUGAGUGCGUCCCUUGAAGUCAUGAUCACGGAAACGAAUGUUCCAAGACCGGUUGAUGCAAACUUUAUCAAACUUUUAGAUUGGAUCCAUGUCUUCGUUGAUGCAUCACUGGAACCAGAUGGCUAUUCAGGGAUGAGCGGUGUUGCAUUCGACAGCCUAGGGAAAUUCUCUUUCUUUAGCGAGGAGGCCACAAAAGAAUUCAUUGACCUGACCUCCCGCCAGGGACACGAGACUGUCAUUUUUGAGUUGGAGGGUUUGGCCAUAGCAGCCGCCAUAUCCCUUUUUCGCCCUUUCAUCAAGGGAAGAAGGGUAGUAGUCUUCACAAACAAUGAGGCCGCCCAGACCUGUUUUGUCAAAUGCAAGCCAAAGAAUGAUCACAUGAACUUGAUCAUCAAAACAACAUUGUCUCUUGAAGAAGCAUUAGGCCUGGUAACCUGGAUCGAGAGGGUGCCGUCGCAAUCGAAUCCUUCAGAGAUCCUUUCGGGAGAAAAGGUCUCUCACUACCUAGGCCUUGCUGCCUGUCCAUUGGGUUUGGUGAAGUUGUGGAAGCUCUGCUUGGGUGAGCAUUUUCUCGUUCUGGGCACCGCAGGGUUUAUCAUUCCGAUUUGCGCCGCGUGGAUGUAUUAUUCCGAAGGCUGCUUCGUAUGGUGGUGGGCGCUCCGGGCAAUCUGGAUUGGUCGCGUCAAGGUCUUCGUGUGGCUUGGCCCCAGUUCCCUCUUUAGAGCAUCCAUGAACAAAACAUCAGCACAUGAAAGCAUGUCUCAUCGCCUCAAGUGGCAGAGCGAUGUCGAUGCCUAUGGGAGACUUGGGAAGGCAGGACCCAUGGCACCGCAGCAGCUGCUGUUGAUGCCGCACCCAGGGCUUUUGAAUGUGCUCCAACCAGCAACGUCUCCACCAGCAACGUCUCCACCGGCAGCCAAACCGGCACCUGCUGCUAAUUCUGCUCCAAAGGGGGGUGAUGCUGUACCUGCGAAUACCACAGGUAAACAGUUCCCUUGGGAAGGCACAAGUGGAAUCCAGUGCAAGUAUGGCCGUGCUUGCAAAAACUCGCAGUGCACGGACACCCAUCCCAGUGGACGAGGGAUUGAUGAAGAUCCUAAUAGCACGAUAUGCCGCUUCGGAAGGAAAUGCAAAAGGCAGGGCUGCUUCUUUGUCCACCCACAAGGCCGUGAGGUGGAUGAUGAUCCUACCAAAGGCCUGUGCCGUCAAGGCGUCGCUUGCAAGCGACCCGAUUGCCUGUACUCCCACCCGGAAGGGCGAGUGGUAGAAGGGCAAGAGUCACGAGCAUGCCAUGUUUGUGGCAUAGCAGGUCAUUUGAUGAAGGAUUGCCCGAAACGAAGGGGGAUUGCAGCUUUGCCGUUGGUCAAGGGCCAAUAUGUGUCGCUGACUGACUUCGCCGCAGAGUGGGAAUCCAAGACCACAGAAGAGCUCACAAUCCAACUCACAGAAGAGCUCGAAGUCUUUGGGACACUCACUUUGGCGCCAGUUUUGAUCGAUGGUCAUCGCAAAGCAGUUGGAGUCUUCGAAGAGGAGGAGGCGGCCAAAGCUGCCAUGGAAGCUUUGGAGUCUGUGUUGACGAUGGAGAUGAGUGAUCCUCCAGUUCAAAACGUAGCGGACGGAAAACCAGGUAUUGAGAUGGUCCCAGGUCCUGGUGAAGAUGAAGGUGGCAACCGUGGUGGGGCGCGUGUGCGCAUGCGUGACUUCGCUACAGCAAGAGAAGCCGCCAAGGAACUACAAGGACAGAAGGUGGCAGGCAAGCCUUUGCACAUCACUCUGGAAGACGAGGAUGGCAACUCCCACGACAUCGACGACAACGUGGAGCCCGAAGUCAAGCCACGCCAGGAGUUCCCCGACCGAAGAGUUGACGGCAUCGAGAUGUGCCAAGACUAUCGAAUGGAUCGGUGUACUCGGGGCGAUCGCUGUAAGUUCUCCCACGGAGAAGAUGACAGCGAUGAGAAGAAAGCACGCCUGGAAAAAGAACGAAAAAGACGAGAAGAGAAGGACAGAGACAAAGAUCGAGAGCGGCGACGGAGGUCACGUAGCCGCAGCCGCAGAAGGUCUCGCAGUAGAGGAAAGAAAGCUAAGACUCACAUUAUACACAUUGAUGAGUUGAAGAUGACAAAUCGACCAGAUGUCGAACCAGCACCGACAGACACCGAGAUUUUCGCUGAUCCGCUGCCAGAGGAAGAUCUGAUGGACACAUGUCUUAACGCCUUUGGCUCCACGGAGGAGAUCUAUGUUCUGCCUUCGGGGCCUCGUCGUGGCUACGUGAAGUUCACAGAGCAUGCUGCCGCCUCUCGUGCUGUCCAGGCCGGCUUUGGCAGCUGGUCGGAGUCGGAGCGGGUCUUGUCGUCACAAAGAUCCAAGAAGGACGACCGCACCAUUGCCACCUACCCAGAUAGCAUCAUCGCCAGAUUAGUCGGCUCGCGCGGUGAUGGCAUCAAGAAGUUGCAGGAGGAAAGUGGUGCAGUUUGGAUCCAUCUACGGGGUGAAGACCUAGGGCAUUCGGACUACAAGUUCUCCAGCUCCCAGCAGGUACACUUUAUCGCUGAGGUGCAGGAAUCAUGA